AUGGAUACCACUGUGAAUUCAGAAAUGAAUUCAGAGAAGUCUCACCUCGUUAGCGAGAAGAAUGGCAAAAUGUAUUCACUGAAAAGUUCCUUUCCAGAAUCCAAAGAAGACUAUCCCAACUUCCCGUUUGAAAACGGAGAUGCGACUGGUGCCACCAAGCUGAAGAAGCAGCCUGUUGGUGCCCAUUGCCAUGGUAACAAAGCAGUGAGUGAGGAGAACCAUGACAAGCUUCUGGCUAAGAAGAAGCUGUACGUCGCCUCCAUUGUGUGCCUCAUCUUCAUGAUUGGAGAGGUCAUAGGUGGCUACCUGGCCCACAGUUUGGCUAUCAUGACAGAUGCAGCUCACCUCCUGACUGACUUUGGCAGCAUGAUGGUCAGUCUCUUCUCCCUGUGGAUCUCCUCCAGACCGCCCACCAAAACCAUGACCUUUGGAUGGCACCGCUCAGAGAUCCUAGGAGCCCUGGUGUCAGUGAUGUCCAUCUGGAUAGUGACUGGGGUGCUGGUGUACCUGGCCAUCGAGAGGAUAGUCAGGAACGACUAUGAGAUCAACAGUCAAGCGAUGCUCAUCACCUCCGGCUGUGCCGUCAUAGUAAACAUCAUCAUGGCGUACAUCCUCCACCACUCUACCACCUUCCACGCCCAAGGCUCAGGCUACCAGCAGAUAGACGAGAACGGGCAGAGCCCUGUGGGUCACAGCCACUCCCAUGUGGGUCACGGCCACUCCCAUGCUCUUCUGGGUCAUGGCCAUGGCAACACCAGUGUGAGAGCAGCCUUCAUUCACGUGUUGGGAGACCUCCUACAGAGUGUUGGGGUCCUAGUGGCUGCCAUCGUCAUCUUCUUCAGGCCUGAAUACAAAGUAGCAGAUCCCAUUUGUACCUUCCUCUUCUCCGUGUUUGUCCUGGGGACCACCAUCACCAUCCUCAGGGAUGUCUUCAGGGUACUCAUGGAAGGGGCUCCUAGGGGAAUAGAGUUUGACUCCGUGAAGGAGGUGUUGCUGUCUCUGAAGAUGGUGAAGUCUAUGCACAACCUGCGCGUGUGGGCCCUGACCGCAGGACAGACCCUGGUCUCUGUCCACGUAGCCAUCGAGAAGAAUGCUGAUCCCCAGAGUGUCCUUAAGGAGGCUACAGAGAUCCUCCAAACCAAGUUUGGUUUCUAUAGCACCACCAUCCAGGUGGAGUUGUACUCUGACGACAUGGCCUACUGCACACACUGCCAGGACCCUAUGGGCUAA